UGAAAUAUUCAAUGACGCGGGCAUUCUCUGACGCGGGCUUCUCUAGUUCGUGGAGAAGACAUGAAGAGCAAUAAAUGAGCAGUUAUUUACCCGGGAAUUUUCCCUGUGGGUCGUGAGAAGGUUUUCCAAUGGGAUAGUUAAAGAGACCGACGUUUCUUGCUGUAGCGCGUAUCGUGGAGUUGUUUAUAAAAAGCGGAGGGAUGCCGCCCGUGUCUGAAGUGGAGAUUGCAGUACCAGAGGAGGGCGCUGGCGGAUUAUCUAGGUCAGAUUGCCUUUGCCCUGUCUGUCUGGAGAUCUUCUUGGAGCCAGUGACCCUUCCCUGCACUCAUACCUUCUGCAAGUCCUGCUUUCUGGAAACGGUGGACAAGUCCAACAUGUGCUGCCCACUUUGCCGCAAGCGUGUUUCUACUUGGGCCAGACUUAACAACAGGAAAAAUACCCUGGUAAACGUGGACCUGUGGCAACGCAUACAGAACGCCUUUCCUGAGCAGUGUCAGAGAAGACUAAGUGGACAAGAGGAUGACUAUUCAACCAUACUAAUAGCAACACCCAAAGUGUGCCAGCCUGGAGAACUGCGAAGGGAGUAUGAAGAUGAGGUCAGCAAGGUGGAGAAGGAGAGACGAGCCCUGGAGGAGGCCGAGCGGCGGGCCAGUGAAGAGUACAUCCAGCGCCUGCUGGCCGAGGACGAGCAGCGGCUGGCCGAGGAGAGGAGGAGGCAAGAGGAGAACGAGCAGAAGGACGAGUGGCUGGCCAGGCAGAUCAGUCAGGAGCUGAAUUCCGACACAAACUCUCAGGUGAGCUCUCGACCUAUUGAGAUUUCCCCACCACAGAAGAAGAAACCUUCAGCCGGAGACAUACAAAAGUUUUUUGGUCCAGUCCGAAGCAAAAAUGGUAAUGCCUCAGAUUCCAGUCCAACGUCAAGCCUGUUGGCCAACAAGGAGAACAUCCGGAACCUCGGGCUGUCCAUGCUGUCACCUCAGCGGAGCGAUUCCUCGGUCAGCCACUCCCUGCCCACUCUGGACUACUACGGCCCGUCAGCCCAUAGCAGUGGGCAUUUCCCCGACCACGUCUCCUCUUCACCCUGCUCCCCUUCUUCCGUCUCUUCCUCGUUCUCCUCCUCCAACGACUUUGAGGUCUUAGACGCCACAAGCCCCGAAAGGAGCACCUCGUCGGCCUCGGCCAAGAGGAAGAGCCGGGUGAUGGAGGAGGCGGAGGGCGAAGGUGCCGCGGCGACGUUGACCCCCAAACGGUCCUGUGGGCCCCCCUCGGUGGCGGCCCCAGGACCCAGCCUGCUGCAGCAGCUGUCACGGCAGGAGGAGGAGCUGCAGGAGCGCCGGCGGCAGGAGGAGGAGGACCGGCAGCUGGCCCUGCGGCUGCAGCGCGAGAUGGACCGCGAGGAGCGCAGCCGCGCCACCGACCGCAGCAAGAGCUCCACCGACCCCUACGAGUUGCGCCAGAAGACCCCGCGACGCUCAGCUGCCACAGGGAGAGCUGGGGAGGGUGACGACGAAGAGGCCACACCACUGACGCCCAACGUCACCCACUCCUCGCCGUCUCAGACAAAGGUCCAGGCGGCGGGAAGUCGGAGGCGACCCCAGGCUGACCAGGGCAAGACGGCCAAGAGAAGGCAGUCUGCCCCUCCUGCUGCCACUGCAGCUGCUGGCAGCACGUCUGCCAACUCCGCCACCACCACCACCACCACCCCCACAGCUGCUGCCAACUCUGCUGCCACCCCGCUGAAGAAGAGCAGCAAGCAGAUCACCAUCACAGACUUGUUUAACUGCAUGGGCAGAUGAGUGGUUUUGCAUGUCGGUUGGCGUGCUGUGGACUGCUGUGCCUAUAGAACAAAAACCUGCACUCACAGGUCCAUAUCUACAUUUCUCUCGCUCAUUCUUCAGAUUGCUCUUGUUCUGGAUCUUUCUCUCAGCCUAUGAUGGAUAUGGCCUUACCAGACUGAAGGCGCUCCUGCUGCUAAUUUUUUAACUUUGGCUCUCCUUUGGUUAAGUUUUUUAUGUCUUUAAAUCACCACAUCCCCCACUUACUGAAAUGGAAUGGUUGACAUAGUUCAUGAACAUUUGCCUGCUCUAGCAAAGAUUUCUUUUUUGUUGUUUUGUUUACUUUUACUUCAAAUAUAUGCCAUCAUAUACUACAAUGUUUAUUUUUGAUUACA